AUGUUGGUCAGGAUUCUAGAAUUUGAGAGACCCAACGUGAAUGACCAUCCGAUUCGAUCAAGACAUCUAUCAGGAUCAGCUAUGAACUCAACCGAAGAAACCACUCCCGCCGGCAGGGCUCCUCGGGUGUCGAUGAAUGAGAAACUUGACAAGAUUUGCGCCUUGAUAGAAGAGUUGAACCUCACACCGAAGUCUUUCUUGGUAGCUUUCCUUGAGCAGGACCAAUACAGCAUGGCCUACAGACGACGAUUAUGGGGCACUGACCAAGGUUGGGACUCAACAGAGAAUCUGUUGCUCACAAUCCGAAAACUCGCUUGCUCUCACCUAGAUGGCCGUGGCCAUUGGGAACGGUUCAUCUUGAUGCAGGCAAUCAAUAUUGUUUCUGCACAAAAGCCAGUCAGCGGGCUGGCACCAAAAGGCUCAUAUCACACAUCGGCAACCUUGUCUGAUGUGUUCUUCACCACGGAAGAACGAGAGGCUCGCAAUGAUUUGCUCACGGAUCGGAUGCCUUUUCUCUAUCAACUACUCUGCGCAAAGAUUCAAGGCGAUCGGCCCUAUACAACCACUGGCGGGGCCGCAGAUUCUCCGGCGGAUCCUGUUGAGGACAAUUCAGAUGACGAAGGGGUAGAUGAUCCCUCGGACGGGCUGGUUGACUAUGAUGGGUCGGUCUUGAAGAAGAGCAACGAGAGAGGGAUCAGACGGGCUAAUUGGGUGAAGACGAUGGCCCGCACCAUAUGUGCCAUGGUGGCAUUUGGAGGGAAUCGCCGGCAUAAUGGCUUUCAGCUGAGCAAUGCGCUGCUGUUCUUGGCAGGGGGGGUGACCGAGCGUGUAAGUGCUUACCUCAAUUACAUAGGCAUCAGCUCCUCUUGGAGGACUGCUCAUGCGGCCCUGAGGAGUCUGGGGUCAGAGGCGAAAUCAAAACUUGAAGCAAUCUACAAGAUGGGUGAUUCCCCGUUGGUGGCGCCGCUAUUAUGCUACGAUAAUCUCGAUUUUCAGGAGAAGGUACACAUGAAAUCCAUUGGCCAUUCUAGCAAGAUGUUUCAUGGGACCUGGGGAUAUGUCCACACAAUUCCCCGCUCACUCCAAUCACAGCUGGAUCCAGCCGAACUCACUGUUGAGGCUUUGAACAAGGCCUUACACAUCGGGAAAGAUUUGAAAAUUCGGCCCGACAUGUUUACCCCAACGGCGGAGAGUACAAUUCACUUCGAGACAACAAUCAAAUCCCAGAUCACUCGGGUGAUCCUGAAGUACUUUGCCACCCCCACCGAUAAGAGGGUAGACCUACUGGUGAAGCCUCUGGAGGUCAAUCCUAUUGCGCCGGAUGAUCCCAACAUCACAAUGCUCAAACUAAUGGUUGCGUCGGACAACUCGGCCCUGGGCGUUGGCGAGGUCUUCACAGGUGUCAUCCAGCAGAGUGGGCUCACGCCGGCUGAAUUCCACUCCCGAUUACAGAUUGUUGAGGGUGACCUGGGGUCUUGUAACAUUUUUGAUAGCCUUCGCAAGCAGAGGACCCCAGCUUUGGGCAAUCACAACAGUCUUGAUAAUAUCCUGCCCAUCCCCGGCGCAGCUCACACACUAUGGAACCUGUCCCAAGCAAUUUAUCUGGCUCAUUGGGGGAAUGAGAAACUAGCCCGGGACACUGGCGCAUGGAGGACGCUUCACGCACUGGGGAUACCAGCAGAAAAGCCAGUGACCAAAAAGGAUUUCAACCUCAUGCUGUGUCACAUUGAAAAGAUUCACGAGGCCACAUUGUUGUACUGUGUGCUACUGGUUGCAAACCGUGCUCAUGAGCCAUGGUCUGGCAAACGGCUAAAGGUUUCUACAGAGAGCAUUCAUGAUUGGGUUGAGCUCACUUUUGACCGCUUUUGCUCAGGCGCCGCGCUGCAGACAGAGCUAGCAUCCAACUACUCAGGGCACAAGAAUUUAUUACUCCGCAUCCGAGACUUUGGGACAAUAGUGGAGGCCAAUCGAGCCAUGAAAGACGGAGAUUACGGCCGGCUGAUGUUCAUGUGGCAACGCUGGGCAGUGAUGAGCCAGGGGAUUUGUCAGCCUACGUGA